AUGCACGGUCUUUUGGACAAUACGUACGAAAACAUGUUGUGCUACACGACGGCUCAUGAGGUCCUUGGGAAACUGUACACCAAGUCGGGAGACGUGUUUACGGCCCGAUAUUAUCAAAAAGUCAUGCAGCACACCUACGAUCGCUACAUGAUUGUGGCUACGCGCUACGUGCAGUACCUCCUACAAGUACGGCGCCGGGGCGACGAGGUUCCGGGUCGAAUCAGUGACGAGCUGGCAAAAGCUUUGGACGACGUGGAAGUGGCCCAAGGUCAAAAUAACCAUGUCAUGAUGUCCGAGGCGCUGACCAAUGUGUGGUGUGCCGUACUUGAUGAAAGCACGGACAUGAACAGCUUGGACCUGGAGUACUGUCCCACCGUCUAUAUCCUUUGUACGGCGCUGCAAGCCAACGACACCUUCAAGCAGCCAAACAACUGGACGCCAACGCUGGCAGCUCUGUUGUGGAUCUGCCGCUUGUUCCUGCUCGUCCGUCGCCAGCUUGAUCCAAGCAGCCCUGGCGCGCUGACGGAAGAUGCUGCCGUCAAGACGGAGGGCCACAUUGGCUACUAUCUUGGUAGUAGAUUGACAUAUGUUCGUAAAUGUACCUCGGAGGAAGGCAAACCAGGUGUUGACGUGGUGUUUGAAACGCGGCCAGCCCCUGGACAGGAGUUUCGGACUCUGACAGCAAAUGGCAUUCGUAUGAACCACGACGAUCUACGAGCGGCCAAGCGUGUCGCACAGGAGGGCACGUAUGAGCUGCUGUUCAACAUUGCGCCAAUGCAGCUCGAAAAGCAGCUUCGGCCAGGCCAAGUCUACCGAACCAUCCAGGCCGUGACCAAGCGGUUUCUUGGAACCAGCAUCACUGUCAGCGCAUGGCGGCACAUGAGUGUGGCUUGGCUGCGUACACUGGUGUUGCAUCAUACGCCCGAGCCUUCAUUGGGGGCGUUGAAUGUGGCACACUCUCAAAGCCAGCAUGCAGGCAGAACGGCACGCAACGUCUAUGGCCGCACGCAGCUCGAUCACAAGUUUGUGUCCAGUGAAGCACAGUACGGCCAUCAGUUUGUGUCUGAAGAAUGGCACAAGCUCAUGAAGCUGGUAGAUGUAGAGAAUCAGAUCCAAGCUGAGGCCGUAGAUGGACAGACCUGCGUGCAACAAGUGGUUCAUAAACAGGUGGUCAUCCAGUCGUCUCGGGUCAGGAACGCCAGCACACAGGUGCAAGCGACCGUGGGCACGCAAACAGAUCUCGAGGUUGAAGCCUGCCUUGAUGCUGAGGAUGACAUUGACGAUAUCAUUGCCGGGUUGGAUUUAGACGAAGCCGAGGCAGCCGAAUCGUCCAUGCCAGUUGCCGUGCCGCGAGCCGUGAAAGAGGCUGCGUCGACGGCCUUGCAGCAAGAGCCAAGCCAGCACAAUGACCAAACGCAGCAGGAAGAGUAUGAGGAUCAGCUUUGGCUUGCUCAAUGUGUGCGGCAAGCGUGGAAGACAACAUUUCGCGACUGGGAUCAGUAUCGAUUGGCACAGGCUGUGACUCGGCACGAAGCCCAGGAUGGCUGGCUGCUGGCCGUGGCCCCGACGGGCAUGGGCAAGACGCUGUGUACACUCGCUCACCUCCAGCCACGCAAGGUCGUGGUGUGGGUAGUCCCGCUUCGUGAGCUUGCCAGAGACUUGUGCCGCCGCUUCGAGCAGGCAGACAUUGUAUCGCAGUGGGCUAAGAAUGAUGGCCGCGACAUGCAAGUCAACGUUCAAGUGAUUGUCAUGACGGUCGACUUUUUGGUUGGCUAUGGGAUGAGGUGGGUGCAAACUCUCGUGCAGCAGAAGCGUCUGGCCAUGCUGGUGAUGGACGAGGUUCACACAAUGCUCGUGGACACUAGCUAUCGAGACAGCCUUGUUCGCUGCCCAGGCCGGCUGGACCAUCUUCGCCAAGACCCAUCUGUCAAGUGUGUGGGCCUGACUGGCACGCUUUGCCCCAAAGAUGAGCGGGCUCUGCUCCAACAGCUGGAUUGCACGGAGGACGCUUCGUACCAGACCUUUCGUAUGCCAACCAUGCGAACCGAUCUUCGGCUAGCGGUGCAACAAGGAACAACAAAGGCAUUUGAGAUGUUUGUGGAACGCCACUACGACCUGUUGGAGCAAGAGGGCCGCGUGGAUCGCAUGUUGAUUUUUUGUGACACGAAGAAGCAGGUUGAGGCAUUGUCGACUCAGUUGGCACGCACGUUGGGUCACGAGCAGUCGCUGGCCGUGGAUGCUGACAUGUCAGCCGAAGACACGCGAGCCGCUCUUGAGCAGUGGAGGAGCGGCACGCAGAGUCUGGUCUUGGUGGCCACAAGCUGCUUGGGCGCGGGCUUGGACAUGCCCAACGUCCGGAAGGUGAUCUGGUUUGGCAGCGGCUACAACGGCUACACCUUGUCGCAGGCCUUUGGCCGGGCUGGCCGCGACCGACGGGGUGGCGAGGCCACGCUAUGGAUUCCACGAGGCACAGCGGUUUCGGAAGACCUGCAGCCAUUUGCAAGCAUGAAGCGCUGCCUGACCUUUGAGCUUGGUUGGCUGCUGGAUGGUGAGGGCCACAUUUGUGCGGCCGCAGGAGCGCCGGCUUGCACCGUCUGCUCCAUGAUGCAACCGACCAUCACAGCUCGCCAUCCAAGCCGUGAAGCACAUGGGGCGCCAGUAUCACACGAGGGCCAGACGCGGGCCAAACGAGCGCAGUUGAUGGUACCAUCGGCGCCAAUUCAGUCAGACGACUUUAACACGGCUCUGCUAUGGAUGAGCACCUACUGCUGGGCCUGCAGCUGCAGCAGAGACCGCUUGGUUGCUCACCACCAGCCUUCUAGCUGCCCGGUCAUGAAAGGGCGCUGCUUUCGAUGCCACUGCCGCGGUCAUGGUAGUAGCAAUUGCCAAGUGACCUUGGGGGCGGGUGUUUGCUACCGGUGUUGGAGGCCGCAGAAGAUUGGGGGUGAUCGAGUGGUGGAGUGCACGGGGCGGGCCUAA